AAUCAUCCAUGGGGGGCAAUAGGCAGCGCCCUCGGCCCCGGCGGCGGAGGAACGCCCGAGGCAACCAAGCCGACGGUAGCGUCGCGGAAGAAUGACGACGAGCCCCCGGUAGGAGGGCAGCCGGCGUCGACGAGCGUGCACGACAUCCCCGACGACGUCCUGGAGCUCGUCCUCCUCCGCCUCGGCUCCUCCGCCUACCUCGUCCGCGCAGCGUCGGCAUGCAAGCGGUGGCGCCGGGUCGUGGCAGACGCCGGAUUCCUAGCCCGCUUCCGCCUCCUGCGCGUACCCCUGGGCCUCUACCGCAACUGCGCCAGCCGUCCGGUCUUCUUGCCGUCGCCAACGCUGGACAUCCCCUCGAUGGCACCUGGGGGACCGUCGACAGCCGUGACGGCCUCCUCCUCCUCCGGAACAGGUACCGGACAUCAUCGCGGAGCCGCCGCUCUGACCCUGACCUCGUCGUAUGCGAGCCCAAGACACGGCGGUGCCAGGCGAUCGAUCAUCUUGCCGGACCGGCUGAGCGGCCGCAUGUGGCUCGGCGUGUUCCUGCUCAGGGGCGGCGCGACCGGCCGGGGCGGAGGCAACCUCAGCACCAGCAUGUCCAACUUCAGAGUCAUGGUAGUCCUGCUCAGAGAACACAUGCUGGAUCGCCGCCGCGGCGUGCCGGAGGCCUGCGUGUACCAGGCCAGCACCAGUGAGCGCAGCUGGCGCGACAUGAACUGCGCGUGGAAGGGCAACAUCGAUAUCCCGAGCGCGACCGCCUCCUUCUACUUCGCCGGCCGCGCCGAUGGUUCCCUCUACUGGGCUAUCGAAGAUGCCGGCGGCGCCGCGCUUGUUCUCGACGAGGCCACCGCGGCGGUGUCGCUGGAAGCUCUCCCGGUGAGCAUCGAGGGGUGGUGCGUGGCGCGCUUCUUCCGGGUCGUCGGCGGAGAAGGCCGCGCGCCGCGUGCCGUCUGCUUGGUAGACCGCGACUUCAGGGUCGUCUUCUCUCGGCUCAAGGGCGGCGGCGAGUGGGUGCUGGAGAACCUGGUGCGGUUCCCCGGGAGAGCUACGAUUGUCGCGGGGCACGAAACGUGCGUCGUGGUGGAAACGUGGAACAGAAAGUGGCGGUUCUUCGUCGACCUCGAGACCAUGGCGGUAGUGGAGCGCGUCCGGAUGAGGAACUCGCACAACUACACGGGGCCAGCCUACCCGUACGAGUUGCCGUGGCCGCCGAGCUUAAACGCCUGA